AUGACGUUGUUAUAUACCCCCAGGGCCAGCGCUGCUCCCUCGCGAGCCGCAGUUUCAACAAUCCCAAUCAAAAGAUACCACUGCAAAACCAAACCCAAGAUUCUAAUCGCGAAACCCGUCGGAAUGACGGUUCGAAGUCUCCCCAUGGAGAUCCAAGAGAAAAUAUUGGGCCAUCUCCUCUGGUAUGACCACUUUGCUGCGUCGAUGGUAUGCCCCGAAUGGGCUGCACUUCUGCAAUUGCCCAAGUUCCGACGAAAACGGUAUUGCAUUGAAACUUGGACCGAAUUGGAAGAUGAAAGAAGUUUUAUACGAAUAAAUUCCGAAAUGGAAUUUCAACGGUAUCAUCCUGGCGAAACCGGACCGAAGGAUUCCGAUGGGUUUCUUAUAGAUAUGGGAAUGCAUGGGUUACUCAGUACCGGGACAAUGGUUCUCAGCAUACGAGAAACUGGGGAGGCGAGGAUUUACUUGGCUAUACGGCAAUCCAAGGAAUCGUGGAAGGGGAAGGCUAAGGGGGAAUAUGCAGGGCCGAUGACAGGACCUUAUGAAAAAAUGGCCACGGCGGACAUUGCGCCGAAGCGCAGUCGGACGAGCAGGGAUACGCAAAAGAUUGAAUUGAGUUUCCACGACAUCACGGACUCGCCGUUGUUAGCCACGGAUACUCAGUUUUACUAUGGAGCUGAUACGAACGAAAAGGUCCCAGAUCAUGUUCAAGCUAUGGUAAAAAUGGGAGCUAGAGCGAAAUAUUGGGCCAAUGGUUACGAAAGCUGGAAGGAAAUCAAACGGAGAGGGGAUGAUAUCUCAGUACGGAUUCUUGAUAGAGAAUAUCUUACAGAUGGGACCAGUUCACACUCUCGUAAUCGCUGCGAGUUCGAAGACACGGAGGACACGACAAUACCGGGUGUUCUCCCAAUUUCAUCGAUGUCCAUUACCACUGGAACAACGAUCCAAGAUAUACUCGAGGGUAUUAAAGAAGCUCUCAUAGAUGAACAAGACCUCGAUGGUUUAGACGGUCCAUUGGAAUGUUGGGCUACAUUUCAAGAGUAUUUUCAUCAAAAAACAGACGAGAAUGGGCCUGAAGAUGUGGACCUUCACCCUCGUCGGAAGAUUUUCUUGAGCCUUUGGAAUUUGAGUCGGUGCUCGUUGGAUAUGAAAAAAGGUUAUGUGGACUGUGGUUGCGAUGGAACUUCACGUCAUUGUGCUUGUCACUGGGACAUUGAAGGAGAUGAGCGGCCGUGGUAUGAAGGUGAGAUGCUUUAUAGAAGGCAUUUUCUAGGAUCCGCGUCUAGUGAUGAGGAUGAAUACUAG